GGGUGGCAGGGGCGGCUGCAGAGAGGCUGGGACGCGGCGAGAAGCGCUGGCUGCGGAGGGCGGGAGCUCGGGAGGAGGAGCCCGAGGCCGCCGGCUGCAUUUGGAGCGGGAGCCGGGAGCCGGCUGUGGCUCAGGUGACCUGCGGCUGUCUCUGGGAGCGCGCUGCUCCCCACAGCCUGGUCCUUACAGCUAGCGGCCGCAAUGAUCCAGAAUGUCGGAAAUCACCUGCGAAGGGUGUCCUUGGGGAACUCUUUCGUUGAUGAAUUUUGUUUUCCUCACCUGUGAAGUGAGGAUUUCUGCCUCAGAGUGGAGUUGGGAGAUAAAGGAGGCUCAAGGACUGGACCUUGCAGCCAGUGGGGCCUCGCCUCAGUGUUUUCCAGCCGCACAUCCCGGAAGUCGACCUCACGUGCAGGGGACGAGGGCGCCAUGGCAGAGAGCGAGGGGUACCGGAACCCCACAGAGGUGCAGAUGAGCCAGCUGGUGCUGCCCUGUCACACCAACCAGCGUGGAGAACUGAGUGUCGGGCAGCUACUCAAGUGGAUCGACACCAUGGCCUGUCUGUCCGCGGAGAGGCACGCUGGCUGCCCCUGCGUCACAGCCUCCAUGGACGAUAUCUAUUUUGAGCACACCAUCAGUGUUGGACAAGUGGUGAAUAUCAAGGCCAAGGUGAACCGGGCCUUCAACUCCAGCAUGGAGGUGGGCAUCCAGGUGGCCUCUGAGGACCUGUGCUCUGAGAAGCAGUGGAAUGUGUGCAAGGCCUUAGCCACCUUUGUGGCCCAUCGGGAGCUUUCCAAGGUGAAACUGAAGCAGAUCACACCACGGACGGAGGAGGAGAAAACCGAGCACAGUGUGGCAGCUGAGCGCCGGCGCAUGCGACUGGUCUAUGCGGACACCAUCAAGGGCCUCCUGGCCAACUGCGCCAUUCAGGAAGAUCUGGACAGCAGGGACCGCAGCUGCGCGGUGCCGGCGGAGAAGACCCGCGUGGAGAGCGUGGAGCUGGUUUUGCCCCCGCAUGCCAAUCACCAGGGCAACACCUUUGGGGGUCAGAUCAUGGCCUGGAUGGAGAAUGUGGCUACCAUUGCAGCCAGCCGGCUCUGCCGUGGGCACCCCACACUGAAGGCCAUCGAGAUGUUCCAUUUCCGAGGCCCGUCCCAGGUCGGGGACCGUCUGGUGCUCAAGGCCAUCGUGAACAACGCCUUCAAGCAUAGCAUGGAGGUGGGUGUGUGCGUGGAGGCCUAUCGCCAGGAGGCUGAGACCCACCGGCGACACAUCAACAGCGCCUUCAUGACCUUUGUGGUCCUGGACGCAGAUGACCAGCCCCAGAUGCUGCCCUGGAUUCGGCCUCAGCCUGGGGAGGGUGAGCGGCGGUACAGAGAGGCCAGCGCCAGGAAGAAGAUCCGCCUGGACAGGAAGUACAUCGUGUCCUGCAAGCAGGCGGAGAUGCCCCUCUCUGUCCCCUGGGACCCUAGCAACCAGGUGUACCUGAGCUACAACAACGUGUCCUCCCUGAAGAUGCUCGUGGCCAAGGACGAUUGGGUGCUGUCCUCGGAGAUCAGCCAGGUCCGCCUGUACACCCUGGAGGAAGACACGUUUUUCUCCUUCCACCUGGAGAUGGUGGUGCACGUGGACGCGGCCCAGGCCUUCCUGCUGCUCUCGGACUUGCGGCGCAGGCCAGAGUGGGACAAGCACUACCGGAGUGUGGAACUAGUGCAGCAGGUGGACGAGGACGACGCCAUCUACCAUGUCAUCAGCCCCGUCCUUGGUAGUGACACCAAGCCCCAGGACUUUGUGAUCCUGGCCUCACGGCGGAAGCCUUGUGACAAUGGGGACCCCUAUGUCAUUGCACUGAGGUCGGUCACAUUGCCCACUCACUGCGAGACACCAGAGUACCGUCGUGCGGAGACCCUCUGCUCAGGCUUCUGCCUCUGGCGGGAGGGGGACCAGUUGACCAAGGUGUCCUACUACAAUCAGGCCACCCCGGACCUCCUCAACUACGUGACCACCAACGUGGCUGGCCUCUCCUCAGAGUUCUACAACACCUUCAAGGCUUGUGAACGUUUCCUCCUGGACAAUCGGAAUGACCUGGCCCCCAGCCUCCAGACACUCUAGGCUCCCGCUCCAGCCUGCCCCAUGGACCCACGUGCUGUGCACGGAGGAAGGCAGGGGCGUUUGCUCCCGCAGGGAAGGCUGGAUCCAGGAGUUGGCUGGCCUGGCACCACUUGGUGGUCAGUUUCUGCCAACAUCUGCCCACGAGUCCUCGUGGUACCCCUGGGGUGGCCUGCAGUAGACUCUGGUCCUGUCCACGCCACUGGCUGCCAGCAGCCCUGCCCACACAGCUGCACAGUUGCUCCCAGCAAGGCUGUGCUGCACUGUGACGGUGGCCCGAGGCGAGGCCGCCAGCAGCCUGGCCACAGCUCCUGCCACGUUCUGGUCCAGUGGUCUGGCUUGCAGCUGAAAGGACACAGGUUGCCAGAGCCCCUGGCAGAGCUCCAGCAUAUCUGUGAUCAGCUGCUCCCCAUAGCCACUGCCCAGCACCUCCUUGGGCCAGCUGGGUGCCACUGUUACAUGGGGGAAUACCUCAGCCACAGCCAUAAGCAACUCUUUGCCAGCCAUGUGGCCAGGGACCACAAAACUCCCAUACGAGAUUGUGGCCCCUACCCACACAGGCCGAGGCAGGUGGCCAAGGGCCGAGAGGCGGGCCAGGAGGGCCAGGGAUGGCCGGAGGGCUGCGGGCUCUGCAAUGUGCACGUGGAUGCCCCAGCGCCCAGGGCGCAUGGCCAGCUGCAGCAGGCACGACUCCAGAGUCAAGGCAGGACUGCCUGGGGCACGGAUGAUGGGCACAGGGUCCCCGGCUGCAGUUCCCUGGAGACCAACAUCCAGCAGGAUCAUGCCUUCUCUGUCUGAAAGAGGCAAGGGUGGCAGGGGCUCAGGUUCCCAUGGGAGCCAGAAUCCCUUGUUAAAGGGCACUGGGGGCUACGGGGACAGUCUCGCCUCUCUGGAAUCCUCCAACCUAGUUCUGGGUUCCAGUUGUGCUUGGUACCUGUUAACACUAAAAGUGAUUAGCUGCCAGCUCAGCUCUUGGCCUUUACUUGUGAUGCAGGACUGUGUCAGAUGCUGGCUCCUCCUACAGCCUGAUGUGGCUGAGGACUUAAGGGUGCUGGUCUGAAGGCCAGGAAGCCCCUGCUCCACACUACUGCACCCCCCCUGCCCACCCUACUUUGUAUCCAGUGUGUGCCUUACAUGGGCCCAUGUUGCCAUGGCAACGGAGAUCCAAGGUAUCCACCAGGCAAGCGACACCCCUGCAGGUCAGCUAGGGGUACCAGGGCUGUUGGCAGACUUACCAGGGAGCGUAAUCAUUGCUGUUCUGCCAUUGCCUCGGACUUCUGGAAGCAGCCACUCCACACCCAGACCAUCAGCCCCGGGUGGCUGGAGAACAGGGAUCAGGCUGCUGCCCGUGUAGUACAUUCGCUUCCGUGUGGCAUUCACUGUGGGGUCCGAAAUGGUUGAGAUUAAGUGGGAACCAUUCAGAGUGCCUUCUAUAUGUCCUAGUUCUAUCAAAUUCUGCCUAACUCCUGCUGUCCAAUCCCCCUUUGAUAGAUUAGAAGUGAUUUGCCCAAGGUCCUUCAGCAGUUACUGGAUUGGAACUGGAUGGACCCAGAACUGGCUAUACCCCAGCUAGUAUCCUCCCCUCACUUAGGUGGCUCCCACAGUGGGAACGUGGACUCUGGUGGGUCCCCCCUUGUGACUGCUUAGCUGCAGUUUCUUCUAGGUUCAGGGAACAACUUCACGCAGUAGCAUCUGGGUGAUUGAUGAGUGUCACCCAAAGAGAAACGGUGCUACCUGGAAAGUCUACAGGGAUGGAAUUUGCUGAGUUCUGAUAAGAGCUGUGCCUUGUAAGAUCUGAUGACGUAUAAACUCUAGCUGUUUGCACCUGUUUCCCUACCUAUAAACUGGAACCCUGGCUUCAUGGAUAUUCAUGUAAAUAGAAUACCAUCCCAGGGGCUGGACUGCAAGAGGCACUCGGAAUUUCUUCCUCCUGUUCCACUCAGGAUUUUCCCCUUCUGAUGGCCCUUCCUCCAGCUCUGCUCCAGGAUCCACCCGGGGUCUGCGCUAUGCAGAAUCCAGCUCAUACCACCCCUCCCAGGCUCCCUCCCUACAGGCCAGCUCCUUGAACUGCGACAGCACAGGCUCAAAUAGGUCGUAGUAGACUUGGUGGGCCGCGGUGUUGUCCCGGAUGUAGAGGAGAUCAUCCACUGACACGGGGUCGGAGGCGCCCUGCCACAGGGUCAGGCUGUACCUGGUGGGCACAGACAGCCGGCUCAGUGCCUGUCUGGGCCCAGCAAGACCCGCGGCUCCACUUCUGUUCCCAGAACCAGAGGCUGGCUGGGCCCAAGGGUGGAGCAUCCGUCCUCCCGCUUCACACAGCCCCUCCUCCCUGAGCACUGCGCAUUCCUAGGGGUGUCUGAGAGCAGAGGUCAGGGAGGACAUAGGAGGUGUCCACCUGGAGUGCCUAUGUGAGUCCUGUCUUAGGAAAGGGACAUGGACAGAAGGGCAGGGUGCAUGGAGGAGAUCAGUUGUGAAGAGGGAAAGGGGCCUGCCUUGGGACUUCGGGGGGAGUGACUGGGGAGGAGGGCUGGGCAGCUGGGAGCUGGCUGCAGGGCAGGGUCCCUCCAGCUCUAUGGGGCUAUUUUGGGCAGAGUUGGUGUCCUCUCUGUAGCCCCAGGGGCACAGGUGGCCUAUGAAGGAAGCUAGGGGGAGGUGAUUCUGUCUCAUCUCAGGAUAAACAUUCGUUAAUAGGCAGAUAGUUGCCCACCAAUGGAAACCUGCCCUCCCCACCCCCAGGGAGUAGUGAGCAGCCUAUCACCAGAGGUAUACAAAUAAAAGACAGGGACAUUGUAGGUGUGAGCACCAGUAGGGGUUGGACAAGAUGGUCUUCAGGACUCUCCAGCCUAGGCCUGGGAUCCAGGACUCCCCCAGGCAGCUAAGCCUGGAGGUGGGUUUGGAGGCAGGGAUUGUGAGUAGCUGUGGGGUCUUCACCUUUCAGAUUGGCCCAGCAGCCAGCUGAAGUGGGGCCAGGCGGCGCGCACCAUGACGGCCCGCACAGGGAAGGUGACCCUCUGUGGCAGUGUUCCCACCAGCUCCUGCAUCUUCUCCACCAUGGCUUGGGUGUAGGUGCUGUUUGGGAACAAGGGCACAUAGAGGGUGGUCCAGCCUGGGGACAGGGUCGCUUCAGGAUACUUCUCCUGGACCAGCGUCAGGAACCUGCAGAGAACAGAAACGCUGGUCUUUCAGAGCCAUGCUGGUCCCUUCUUUUCUUGUGUUCUCAUCACUGGGAAUCUGUGACCAAGGACAGCAGCAGAGCCUAUAGAACAGCAGUGGGGCAGGCACCCUGGAGUCAGGGAAGCCUGGGUUCAGGUCCUGACUCCGACCUUGGUCUGGUCAACCUCUAAUUCUCAGAUGACAGCAUCACUUCCCAAAGGGUAGGGCUUCUUCUGUACUCAGUAUUGAACCCAGGGGCUCUCUACCCAUCAUCUACGUACAUCCCCUUUCCUUUUUUUAAUUUAACAAUUUUGUAUUUUGAGAUAGGGUGUGUUAACACACCUAGCAAGUUUCAGAUUAAAAUAUUUAAAAAAAAUUUUUUUUGCUCUUAAGGCAGAUGUGGAGGCACAUGCCUGUAAUCCCAGUGACUUGGGAGACUGAGGCAGGAGGAUCAUGAGUUCAAAGCCAGACUCAGCAACUCAGUGAGGCUCUGAGGAACUUAGUGAUACCGUCUCAAAAUAAAACAGAAAAAGGAUUGGGAAUGUGGCUCAGCAGUGAAGUGCCCCUGGGUUCAAUCCCUGAUACCCCAAAAAAUUGCUCUUAUGCAAAUUUCAAGAGGCAAAAACAAUGCUCCUGCUGCUCCCUGCCCUGAGUAGAAUCCACACUUCGAGACCAACCACAUUUCUCUUGGACCAUUGACUAUAUUUUCACACUGCCACUUUCCAAGUGCACCAGUUUGAGAAGCAUGAUAAACGUUGGAUGGAUGGACUGUUGGCUGGUUGGAUGGACAGAUGGGGGCGGGGGAGCCAGGGAAGGUAAAGUGCAUGGGGCUUAGAGUUGCAAAGGCCUAGGUUUGAAUCUUCCCGCUGCUACUAAGCUGUAGGCCGGUCAUUUAACUUCCCUAAGGUAGUUCCUGUGUUUGUAAAACAAACAGGGAUAGCACCUACCUCAUUCUCUUUGCAAAUGUUAAGUGGUUCUUCAAAUCAAGUGCUUAAAAUAGUGCCUGGGAUAAGUAAUAAACUUUCAACAAAUUGAGCCUCAGUUACUACGAUUUUUCACAUCUGUAGAAUGGGGAGAACGGACACUCCUCACGUAGCAGUGCUGCCUAGCGAAGGACCCAGUUAAGGACAUCCCUCCCUUCCACGCAGAACUCCUUUGUCACCCUGCGGUUGGCGUCCCAGGGCUGUUAGUGGACGGAGGUGCAGGGGGGCUGGGAGGAGCCAGUGUUGUAGGCUUUUCUCGCAGCCAAGUCCUGUGCUAGUCACUGUGGAGACAGAAGAGGUGGCCCUGACUGCCCUCCCGGAGUCCCCAAGUGGGAGUGAAAAUCUGUGAACCCACAGUGACCGCCCCGUGAAAUUAGGGCUAUGUGAGGAAGAAAUGUGGGGACUGAGGAAGUCAGGGAUGUUUCUGGAGGUGGUACCGACUGGGCAGAAGUUCAUUCGAAAAGGGGGAAAGGUACUCAAGGCAGAGGGAACAGCAAGUGCGAGGACUCUGGUGAGGCCGCUCUGUGGUGGACUGAAGGCGGCCUCCAGGCAGGUCCCAGCUGGGGCAGAGAGCACGCGCUUACUGUGUAGCGUUGACCUCCGUUGGGAUGGGCACAUUGGGACCCCUCAGGAUGUCAGCAUUGACCCACACGGGCCUCCGGACUCUUCCGGCUUCUGUCAGCUGCCGCAGGAGGUCCAGGGAGGGGCCCACGGCCUUGAGGCUCUUGAAGUCCAGUUUGAUGCCUGUGGAGAGGAGGCAAGGGCCGGCACGCGUGGCUCCAGGGGCUGGUGAGCUGGCAGGGGUGUGUGUGUGUGGCGUUGGGGAACGGGGAGGACCAGCAGACUCUGGCCGGGUGUGAGGACCGCCUUCCAAACAGAGCCAACCCAGAGAAGGGCUUGGCCUCUAGAACUGCGAGUCCCACCCCAGGGGCCGAGGCAGAGGCCAGCUGCUGAGGGUUUGGGCCUGGGGAUUGUGUACAGGGGAGUUUCAGGAAGCAGCCUAGACACAGACAGGCGGUGCAAAUGGAAGCCCAUCUUAUUGGGGUGGCGGAGGAGAUGAGGCUGGAAAAUGAGAAAAAGAUGUGAAAGCGAGGCCAAGACAAUGGGGAGCCAUGGAGGGUUACAGCAGGGGAGUGUUUUGAAAACACUGGCCUUCUGGAAUGGUCACUGUGUGUGUGUGUGUGCGCGCACAUGCAGGAGGCAAGGGAAGGCCAGAGCUGAGUUUGGGACAGGAGCCCAUGAGGAAGGAGGCCAGGAGAGAGACGGUAGGCUGGACUGGGGUGAGAAUUGGCAGAUGCAGCAGCUGAGUGGAGGAGGAGGGACAGGGAGACGUUAGGAGGGUGCCCAGGUUCUGACUGUCCCCAGCGAUGGGGCCUGGGGACAGGUGUAGGCUCAGCCCUGAACACCUUGCGUCCAGUCCCGUGGAUCAGGAGGGGACGCCUGAACACGGGGCACUCUGUAGUUUGCUCUGCACUGCCCGGCACCUCACCUCAUCUGUGUGUCCAGGAGAGGACACCUGGACCUGUCACUUCCCCACCUCACCUGGUCUUCAGAGCCGGGGCACCUGGCACACUGGGAGGGAAAGCCAGGGCCGUGAGCGACUCGUGGGGACUCUGCCCAGGACCAGAGUGCUGGGGAGGGGCCUGGGGUUCCAUACCCUUCAGGGAAGAGGCCAGCACGGUCUCCAGCCACUGCUGCAGGGUGUUGUCGCUGUAGAUGGCUGGGGGAUGGGCCAUGAUGGGGACCCCUGUCUCAUUAGCUGUGUUGAGCCCUUGGACAGUGACAUCUGCCUCCAAGACCAUGGCGUUGCCUGUUUAAGGAUCAGAAAAUAAUCCAUUUUUAAAAACCAAUUUUUCUCCUCAUAAGGGCAUUAUACAUUUGUCAUAGAACAUUUUAAAAAUGCAGAAAAACUGUUUAGCCACAUUCCCAUCAUAGUUCAUGUUUUAUUGUAUUUUUGUUCGUUUUUGCCUAUGGGUAGUUUUUACAAAGUUGAAACUCCUUGCGUUUUUAAUUUUUGUUUUUUCUUGCAACAUUAUGAGACAUUUUCACAAUCUUCUCUACAUUUCAUUAAAACCACAAUUGGGCGCAGUGGUGCACAUCUGUAAUCCCAGAGACUUGGGAGGCUGAGGUGGGAGGAUCACAAGUUGGAGGUCAGCCUCAGCAACUCAAUAACUCAGAGAGGCCCUAAGCA